GGAUUUUAUUUCUAUAAUUCAGUUUAUCAUCGGUGUAACACCAUUUAGCAUUAAAACAUCCACCCAAAAUGAAUUUUUUAGACGAAGUUUUCAAAAAAAAGAAGGAGACCUCGAAAGAACCGGAAAGGCCGAAACGGAGGAAAAGACGACUCGAAAACGACCACAAAGAGGUGAGAAAGCGCCAGGAUUUUCGAGGGGGGCAACAAAACGCCCAAAAACAUCAAAAUUCGGAAGAAAAUGUUUCAAGAACGUCUUCUGUGACGAAUUUGGCUGAGACGAAAGGGUCGAAAACUGCUUCUGGAGGUGGAAAUUUAAGUAAAUCGAAGAGGAGUGGGUCGAAGGAUCGUUUGGAGAAGGCCCAAAGUGAAAUUAAAAAGAAAAUUCCAAAAAAUGAGAUGAAUUUGAAUGAAAACGAUCAAGAAAUUAAUCAGAAUCAUCAAGAAAGCGUUAAUAAGCCAUUGGAAGGUGUCAAAAUGGAUCAAAAACAGAUUUUGGAUACUUUGGAGAAUGAAUUAAAAGUGCUGAAAGAGAAUUUUAAUAAAAUAAGCGAUGAAAAUUUAGUUUUAAGGACUCGAUUAAAAGAUGUGAGUCAUUCGCCGUUGUCGGAUAAUGAAAAACAACAAUUGUUGACUUUAAAUGAUGGUUUGAAUUUGCUUAAGUCUGAAGAAAAAUCGAUGGAUCAAAACGAAAUCUUUUCCUUGAAGGAGACGCAAAAGAAAAUGCAGGAAACUCUUUUUUGUACAAAUGAGGAGCUUCAAGCGACGCUACAAGAGCUUAACGACCUUCAAAAACAAUUAACGGAUCUCCAACAAGACAACGAUCAAUUAAUUGAUGAAAAAAAUUUAAUGUUUGACUCAUUAUGUCGUCAAACGGAGCGUUUAAACGAAACUAAAAACGAAUUGGAAGGUAUUAAAACGGUUUUUAAUCAAAAAAUCAAUCAAAAACACGAAAAAGAAAUCAAAAACGACGACCUAACCUCAAAAUUAAAUAACAAAACGUACCAAAACGAAUUACAAAAUCAAUUAAAAUUAUUAGAAAACGAAUUAAAAUCGAAAGAAAUCGACAAUUUAAACUUAAAACUACAACAUAACCUCAAAUUAGAAGAAAUCGAGCGAAAAUCGAACGAAAUCGUUCAAUUAAAACAUCUUUUAACGACGUACUCGACGAAAAUCGACGAAUUACAGCAACAGAAUCAAACGGAAAUUGAAAAGAAAUCGAUCGAGAAUUCGAUUGAAAAUGAAAAGUUGAAAAAUCAAAUCGGGAAUUUACAAAGUCAGUUGGAAAAGUUACAAAAUAAUUCUAAAUUGACCCAAAAUGAGUUGCAAAUUGAGUUGGGUAAUUUAAAAAUUGAAAGGAAUGAGUUAUCCGAUGAGUUGAGAUCGAUUAAGUCCGAAAUGAAAUUGUUACGGAACGAAUUGGAGAAAGAAAUGGAGAAAAAAAAUCGCGUUUCGAUCGAUUUAAAUGAAACUAAAAGGAUGUUGAACGAUUUGGAGUUGAGGAAUGAGAAAAUUACUAUUGAGUUGGAUGAUUUGAAGAAGAUUCGAAAAGAUGAGAAUGAAGAAUGGGAGAGGUUUCAAAAUGAUCUUUUAACGUCCGUUCGGGUUGCAAACGAUUUUAAAACGGAAGCUCAACAAGAUUUGCAAAAAAUCGUGUCCGAGAAUAAAGCCUACCGAGAGAAAGUGUGUCAAUUGGAGGUUAUGGUUGAAAAAUUGAGCGGUGAUCCGAGUUUGGCGAAUUCGACGAGUUCCGGAAAUUUCGUGGAAAAUGUUAACGAAAACGAAGAAAUCGCUCGGAGUUCGUCGAAAAUCGAGGAUUUUAGCGAAUCGGGGUUUCCCCAACCCGAAGAAAUCAUCCAGUUAAAACAAGAUAAUUCGCUUAACGAUGAAAUUAAAGAAUCGAACGAGUCUAAACCGAAGAUUAACAAGCAUUUUAUUAAAAAACCUAAGAUUUUUCGCGCCUCAAAAGGAUACCAUUUCGUCCAAGACGACGAAAAACCACAAAAAGAUGUUGUUGUUAAAGAGGUAGUUGCAGCGAAAAGUUUCCCUGUUAGAGAGGUGUUGCAAGAAGCUAAAGAAUCUCAAGAAAACAAAAAGAAAAUGUUUUCCGUCCCAAAAAUAGGGCGAAAAAUCGAUCAAAACGAUAAGAAUUUAAUCACAUUAAACAAUUUGUAUCGAGAGAUUGAUCCGACGAUCCCCGAGGAGGAUUUAACACAAGAACAAAGAGUUAUCAUCCAAUUAAAGCGGAGUUAUGAUUUAAAUUCGAAUCAAAAAAACAAGAAAAAGAUCAAUUUGGGAGGUUCAAGGUCAAAUUUGGUGAUUUCAAGGCCACUUUUGAACUCGGUGUUUCAAAAUAGGAAGUUAAAGGAGGUUAUUGAUGAUCCCACGAUGAAGAGCGUCGAUGAUGGUGAAAAUAUCUUAUUUGGGGCCCCCAAUGUGUUUUAUCCGACGAAUUUCGACGAUGUGUAUCGAAACAACAUCGAAUUUAAGUAUUAUAAUGAAGAUAAGAACCAAAAGAAAGUUUUAACUACUUUUAAAAGCGAUUCUUUUUUGAGUAAGAGUAAGAGUUUGAACGAUUUAACUGUUAAAAAUGAAGAAUUUGGGAUUAAAAGGCAACUUUCUGAGUCGGUUUUGAGUCGGAGUGAUGAUGAGGACUCUUUUUCGUCGUUUAAUGAUGAGGGUGAGGAUUUGGACGAGAUUUAUAAAGAAAUAAAGAUGCAGAAGAAGGAUGAGGGGGUGUUUGAGGAGAAGAAGAAGGAAAUUGAGAAAAAAAAUGAGGAUUUGUUGCAAAAUAAAGUUUUGGUUAAGAAAAGUGUUAAAAAGAAUUUGAUUAUAAGCGCUCCGAUUCAAGAAUCGAUUUUAAAUGAUGAGAAAUUGUUGAAAAUCGCGCAAGAUGAGUCAAUAAAAAGUCUUUCCCCGCCGAAAAAAUCUUCGAUGUUUGUUAAAAUUAAAUCGAAGCUUCCUAAAAAGAUCGAAAUUGAGAGGUGUUAUGUUUAUGAUCAUGAUGAGGUCUCGGUUAUUGAUGGGAAGUCGAUUAAUAAGAACGAUUCGAUCCCUCCAACCGAAACUUUUAAUACUUAUUUGAAGAAUAAGUUAGAAAAUGAAUUGGAUACAAGAAAAAGCGUUGAGGUUCAAACCGAUGAGAAUUUGUUAUCGAAAGGGAUUGAUUUAAAAAAGACUUUUUUAGACGAUUUAAAAACUACGAUUCAUGAAGAAAUCGAUAAAAAUGAUGAAUUUGAGGACCAAGUCAAAAUAAAAUCGUUAAUUGAAAAAUCGGGGCGAUUAAACUCGUUAAAACGCAAAGAAGAACUCGAAAUAAUGUACCAGUUAAUGCGCCCUUCAGAAAAAUCGUCAAGGUCGGGUCAAGGUCAAAUCACGAAGAGUGAAAAAUUGGUUGAAAAUGGUGUUAAAAUUGAAGAAAUUGAAGAAGAUUUUAAUAAAAUGAAUGUAAAAAUUGACGUUUAUGAAGAAAAAAUCGAAAAUGAUGGUGUUAAAAUUGAAUUAAUUAAUGAUGAUGAACUAAAAAUUGUUGAUGAGGUGAAAAAAAUCGGUUCAAAAAACGUGGAGAGUCCGAUGGUCAUGGGACCAUCUUUUAUUUUUAAUUUUAUUACUAUCAAAUCGAUUUUAAACGAAUUUUUAAACGAAGAAAGAAAAUGUUCGAAUCAAAAUUUGAUGUAUCGCAAAAAUUCGCCCCAAAUCAAUUAUUCAUCGUCGAUUUUGUCGAAACGACGGACUCGAAAUCUCCGAAAACCGACCGGAAUCGAUCUUGAAUUCGAUUUUGAGCCGGACGAAAACGAUGUAAAAUUGUCGAGGAAUUCAUCGUUUAAAUCGACGAUUUCCCAAGAUUCGAACGAAGACGAAAUUAUCAAAAAUAUCUCCGCGAAAUUAGACGAUGACGAAGUUGAGGUGGUAAAAACGUUGCGGAGGAAAUACAAGGUACGAGAGAGGCCUAAAUCGGAGAUUAACGAGGAUGAUUUGAAGUUGAUUGAGGAGGCUAAAAAGAAAUGUUUGAGUCCUGAGUAUCAAGAUGAGGAGGAGGUUUGGGGGAAAAACAAUAAAAAUGAAUGUUUUGAAGAAAAUUAUGAUGAUUUCGGCGAAAAAAUCGGUGAACUACCGGAAAAUGUUAGUCAAUUAGUGUGGGAAUUUAAUGAAAUUAAAGGUUUUAAACGGGAUGUUAAUAAAGGAGAUGAAAAGAGUCACUUUUAUGAUGAAAAAAUCGGAAAACUACCGGUAACUGUCAAUCAACUACCGGGAGAAAUGACCGAAAACGAAAAUUUUAAAGAAAAAGUAGUUGAUAAAGGACGAAAAAUCAAGAAAUUUGAAGAAAAUCGCGAAAAAAUCCGCGAACUACCGCCAUCUGUCAACCGACUACCGCAGCAAAUGAAGGAAAUUAAAGGUUUGAAACGAGAUAUUGAUGAUAAAGGAGAUGAGUUUUAUGAUGAUUUUGAUGAAAAAAUUGGAAAACUACCGCGAGAUCUUGGCCGACUACCGGAAAAUGUUAGUCAAUUAGCGUGGAAAUUUAAUGAAAUUGAAGGUUUUAAACGAGAUGUUAAUGAUAAAGGAGAUGAAAAGAGUCAGUUUUAUGAUGAUUUGGAUGAGAACCUCGAAAAAACCGGAAAACUACCGCAGAAUGUCGGCCGACUACCGGAAAAUGUUAGUCAACUACCGUGGGAAAUUAAUAAAAUUGGAGGUUUUAAACGAGAUAUUGAUGAUAAAGGAGAUGAAAAAAGUCACUUUUAUGAGGAUUUGGAUGAAAACCUCGAAAAAAUUGGAAAACUACCGCGGGAUCUCGGCCGACUACCGGUAGCUGUCAACCAAUUAUCGCGACAAAUUAAUAAAAAUGAUAAUUUUAAUGAUAUUGUUGAUAAAGGACAAGAAAUUAACCAAAUUGUCGAAAAUCCCGCUGAUUAUUUAGAAAAAACUGGCGAACUACCGGAAAAUGUUAGUCAACUACCGAGGGAAAUUAAUAAAAUUGGAGGUCUUAAACGAGAUGUUGAUGAUAAAGGAGAUGAAAAGAGUCAGUUUUGUGAUGAUUUGGAUGAAAAACUACCGCGGGAUCUCGGCCGACUACCGGUAGCUGUCAACCAAUUAUCGCCACAAAUGAAUGAAAAUGAUAUUUUUAAUGAUAUUGUUAAUAAAGGACAAGAAAUCAACCAAAUUGUCGAAAAUCCCGCUGAUUAUUUAGAAAAAACCGGCGAACUACCGGAAACUGUUAGUCAACUACCGCAGCAAAUGAAGGAGAUUGAAGGUUUUAAACGAAAUGUUGAUGAUAAAGGAGAUGAAAAGAGUCACUAUUGUGAUGAUUUGGAUGAAAACCUCGAAAAAAUUGGAAAACUACCGCAGAAUGUCGGCCGACUACCGGUAGCUGUCAACCAAUUAUCGCGACAAACGAAUAAAAAUGAUAAUUUUAAUGAUAUUGUUGAUAAAGGACAAGAAAUUAACCAAAUUGUCGAAAAUCCCGCUGAUUAUUUAGAAAAAACCGGCGAACUACCGGAAAAUGUUAGUCAACUACCGUGGGAAAUUAAUAAAAUUGGAGGUUUUAAACGAGAUAUUGAUGAUAAAGGAGAUGAGAAGGGUCAGGUUUGUGAUGAUUUGGAUGAAAACCUCGAAAAAACCGGAAAACUACCGCGGGAUCUCGGCCGACUACCGGUAGCUGUCAACCAAUUAUCGCGACAAGUGAAUGAAAAUGAUAAUUUUAAUGAUAUUGUUGAUAAAGGACAGGAAAUCAACCAAAUUGUCGAAAAUCCCGCUGAUUAUUUGGAAAAAACCUGCGAACUACCGGAAAAUGUUAGUCAACUACCGUGGGAAAUUAAUAAAAUUGGAGGUUUUAAACGAGAUAUUGAUGAUAAAGGAGAUGAGAAGAGUAAGUUUUGUGAUGAUUUGGAUGAAAACCUCGAAAAAAUUGGAAAACUACCGCGGGAUCUCGGUCGACUACCGGUAGCUGUCAACCAAUUAUCGCCACAAAUUAAUAAAAAUGAUAAUUUUAAUGAUAUUGUUGAUAAAGGACAAGAAAUCAACCAAAUUGUCGAAAAUCCCGCUGAUUAUUUGGAAAAAACCUGCGAACUACCGAAAACUGUUAGUCAACUACCGCAGCAAAUGAAGGAGAUUGAAGGUUUUAAACGAAAUGUUGAUGAUAAAGGAGAUGAAAAGAGUCAGUUUUGUGAUGAUUUGGAUGAAUACCUCGAAAAAUUUGGAAAACUACCGCAAAAUGUCGCCCGACUGCCGCCGAAUGUCAACCGACUACCUCCGAAUGUCAACCGACUACCGCGGCAAAUGAACGAUAAUGAGAAUUUUAUAAAAGAUGUUCAUAAAGAACAAGAAAUUAACCAAUUUCUCGAAAAUCCCGAUGAUUAUUUAGAAAAAACCGACGGACUACCGAAAAUUGUUAGCCGACUACCGCAGCAAAUGAAGAAGAUUGAAGGGUUUAAACGAGAUGAAAAGAGUCAGUGUUAUAAGGAUUUUGAUGCGAACCUCGAAAAAACCGGGAAACUACCGCGGGAUCUCGGCCGACUACCGGUAGCUGUCAAUCAACUACCGGGACAAAUGACCGAAAACGAAGAUUUUAAAGAAAAAGUUGUAGAUAAAGGACACGAAAUCAACCAAUUCUUCGAAAAUCACGAAAAAAUUCGCGAACUACCGAUAGCUAUCAACCGACUACCGCAGCAAAUGAAGGAAAUUGAAGGUUUUAAGCGAGAUGUUGAUGAUAAAGGAGAUGAAAAGAGUCAGUUUUAUGAGGAUUUGGAUGAAAACACCGGGAAACUAUCGCAGAAUGUCGGCCGACUACCGGUAGCUGUCAACCAAUUAUCGCCACAAAUGAAUAAAAGUGAUAAUUUUAAUGAUAUUGUUGAUAAAGGACAAGAAAUUAACCAAAUUGUCGAAAAUCCCGCUGAUUAUUUAGAAAAAACCUGCGAACUACCGCCAGUUGUCAAUGAACUACCGCGGCAAAUUGACGAAAAUGAAAGUGUCAAACAAAAAACUCUUGAUAAAGGAAACGAAAAUAGCCAAUUUCCCGAUAAUCGUGAUGAUUACCGCGAAGAAAUCGGUAAACUACCGCAGGAUCUUGGCCGACUACCGGAAAAUGUUAGUCAACUAUCGUCGGAAAUUAAUGAUAUUGAAGAUUUUAAACGGGAUCUUGAUGAUAAAGGAGGUGAAAAGAGUCAAUUUUAUGAUGAUUUUGAUGAAAAAAUCGAAAAUACCGGGAAACUACCGCAGGAUCUUGGCCGACUACCGGAAAAUGUUAGUCAACUACCGUCGGAAAUGAAUGAAAUUGAAGAUUUUAAACGAGAUCUUGAUGAUAAAGGAGGUGAAAAGAGUGAGUUUUAUGAUGAUUUUGAUGAAAAAAUCGGAAAGCUACCGCGGAAUGUCAAUCGACUACCGGUGCAAAAUAACGAAAAUGAAAGUUUUAAACGGGGUGUUGAUGAUAAACGACAAGUAAGCAGCACAUUUCAUGAUGAUUCUGAUGAGAAUUUUGAAGAAACUGGAGAAGUACCGCCGGAUCUCGGCCGACUACCGCCGGAUGUCAAUCAACUACCGCGGCAAAUAAGCGAAAUUAAAAAUUUUGAAUUAAAAAUUGAUAAUAAAGAGGACGAAAUGAAACAAAAUCCACAAAAACAUGAUGAUUAUUUCGGAAAAGUGGGAAAACUACCGAAGGAUUUUAGCCAACUACCGGGGGAUAUGGACAACAGUAAACAAUCAAAUGAAUUUCUCGAAAUUGAUGUUGAUUACCGUGGUAAUAUCGGUAAAUCUGAUCACAAAAUUAAUUUAGAACUUUACCAACCAAAACCGUAUCAAAGAAGAUCAUUUGAAAACUUGAAUUCAACGUGGAGAAAUCAAAAAACCGGGGAAAUCCUCGAAAAGAAGAAAGUUUCAAAACCAAUUUCUCCGAAUCGUUACAGUUUUCAACAAAUUUCUUUAGAUACGAGUAAUUUUUACGAACCGAUUUAUGAGAAUUUCUCAAUUUUCCAACAAAAAAGACCAAAUUCGGUAAAUUUCGACUCAAAUUUAUCAAAAACGCCGGUUCCCCAACCGAGAAAAGAUUUAUCCAAAGAUAACGAAAAAAACGAUGUUGAAGUAUUUGACGAGUUAUCGUUGGAGAAAACGACAUUUGACGAUGUCAAAUCGAUCGAGAAAGAUUUAAUUCGAGAAGAAUCUCGGAAAAUGAGUGUUAAUCAAGAAGAAAAUGAGGGGAAAUUCGAUGUGGAAAUGAUCGAUGAUGAUGACGAUGAUGGGAUUGAGAAAAAUGAAGAAAUUAAUACGAAAAUGGACGAAAUUAAAGUUGAGGCGAAUACGAAAAGUGAUGAUGGAGAUAAAUUUGAUCAUUUAGACAAUUUGUUGGAGAAUUUGGAGAAAUUAAAGGAGAUGAGGAGAAAGGCUAAAAAGGAUCAAGAAAUUGUUGAGGAAAAUUUAAGUGAAAAUAUCGAAAAUAAAAUUGAAGAGCCCCCCAAAACUGAAGUAGUAAUGUUAAGAAAAUCGGAAGAAAAAAUAUUAACCCCCCCGGUGAAAGAAAUUCGCGCAUCAAAAUCCCCAAGCAAAAACAUAACCAAAGACAGGGUGUCACUGUUGCGUCAAAAAUUUGAAGGAAAAUCCGAUGACAACGACUCCAAUUCAGAUAAACAUCAAAAAGAAAAGUUGACGAACUUCAAACUCGUCGACAAAAAGCCUAUUUAACCCGCCAAAAUCAUCAAAUAAACCGCCAAAGUGUUAAAUCAUUAAUAGAAACGAUCGAGAACGCGAACGCGAAAAAACCACUGACUUCAAC